CAUUUCUCAACCGUCAGCUGUGACCAAUUUUUUUUUUCUACAUCUGAUGUGGCUAUACCAUUAUAUACAUAUGUAUCCUAUGGCGUUCCAUUAUAAUUAGUUGCCACCAACUUUCUAAUUAAAUUUUUUUGGACGUUACGAAUUGUCUCACUGCUGUUAUUUCAUAAACAACAUGGAGACACCCAGGGGAGGCAGAAACACCAAGAACAACAACAAGAAGAUGGAGAGCAAUGAGAUUAAUGGAAGAUCAGAGGUUCGUUACAGGGGAAUUCGUCGGAGACCAUGGGGUAGGUUUGCAGCUGAAAUACGUGACCCAACAAGGAAUGGUGCUCGCCUGUGGCUUGGCACUUUUAACACUGCUGAAGAGGCGGCUCGAGCUUAUGAUAGAGCUGCUUUUGCUUUCCGGGGUCAUUUAGCCAUUCUUAACUUCCCAAACGACUAUCAGUAUCAUGCUCAAUCCACCUCUUUCUCUUCAUCAUCAUCAUCUUCUCGGGCUAAUUAUGGUAAUGUCUCUGGUUCUGGUUCUGAUUCUGGAUCUGGAUCUGGAACUGGCUCUGGCAGAGGAGUUUCUUCUAGAGCUGGAAAAGAAACUAAAAAUGAAGUUAUAGAGUUCGAGUAUUUAGACAAUGAGUUAUUGGAGGAGCUUCUAGAUACAAAGGAGGAUUAUUGGCCAGGUAAAAAUAACAAUAACUAG